AAAAAAUUAUCCUAUUGUCGAAAAAUAAUUUUCUAUAUUCCAUAUAUCGCGGAUUAUAAAUAAAUUUAACAUGGAUGACGAUAUAAGAAUUGGUGAUGAAGAUGGAUUUAAUUCUGAAGUUGAAACAGAUGUGGAUGCUUUGAAAAAACAUGCUACUAAGAAGAAAGGCCGUGGCUUUGUCCCGGAUGAAAAUAAGGUUAAAAGUGAUUACGAGGAAUACGAUAAUAUGGAUAUAGAAGAUAAUUCACCCGGACCUAAGAAAUCUGUUGAAGGCUGGAUCCUUUUUGUCACAAAUGUUCACGAGGAAAUGGAUGAAGCUUUUUUUGCAGAAAAAUUUAUGGAAUUUGGAGUCGUAAAAAAUUUGCACCUUAAUUUAGAUCGGAAAACAGGAUAUAUGAAAGGUUAUGCCUUAGUCGAAUAUGAAACUUUUGAUGAGGCAAAUUCUGCUUUGCAAAAAAUGAAUAACACGGACAUGCUCGGUUUAAGUAUAAAAGUUUCAUGGGCAUUUGUUAAGGCCCCUCUACGAUCCUCUAAAAGAAGAUCCGACAGAUACAAAGAAUCAUAAAAAAAUAUUAGAAAGAACUGUAAAUAUUAUAUAUAUUUGUAUAUGUUUUGCUAAAAUAAUAAAUAACUCUUGUGAUCACAACUUUAUUGCAUUAAUAAAUUUAUAUUAAUU